GGGAUGGAACCCGGGGUCCCGAGAGGUGGCCGGAAAGUUAAAGGGGGCAGCGCGGCCGCGGGGAGCUCGAGUCCUGGGUGACUGCUGGAGGGAGGAGGUGAGCGCGCAGCCCUAGCGCACUGACGGACGUGGCCGCCGGCGGGGGGCGCGAACCCGAGCCCGGAGCCGAGCUCGUGCCGUCGCGGCCGCUGUCCCUGUUCCCCCAGUGCGGAUGCUGCCGUGGGCUGGCGCGUCUGCCCACGGGACUUAUGAGCUGAACCCGGGUUCUAGCCUAUUCAUCUAGCCCCAUGAUGGCUGUGGACAUCGAGUACAGAUACAACUGCAUGGCUCCUUCCUUGCGCGGAGAGAGGUUUGCCUUUAAGAUCUCAGCAAAGCCCAGCAAACCACUGAGGCCUUGUAUUCAGCUGAGCAGCAAGAAUGAAGCCAGUGGAAUGGUGGCCCCGGCUGUCCAGGAGAAGAAGGUGAAAAAGCGGGUGUCCUUCGCAGACAACCAAGGGCUGGCCUUGACAAUGGUCAAAGUGUUCUCAGAAUUCGAUGACCCGCUAGAUAUCCCAUUCAACAUCACCGAGCUCCUAGACAGCAUUGUGAGCUUGACGACAGCAGAGAGCGAGAGUUUUGUUCUGGAUUUUUCCCAGCCCUCUGCAGAUUACUUAGAUUUUAGAAAUCGACUUCAGGCUGACCACGUCUGCCUUGAGAACUGUGUGCUCAAGGACAGGGCCAUUGCAGGCACUGUGAAGGUUCAGAACCUUGCAUUUGAGAAGACCGUGAAAAUAAGGAUGACGUUUGACACCUGGAAGAGCUACACAGACUUUCCUUGUCAGUACGUGAAGGACACUUACGCUGGUUCAGACAGGGACACGUUCUCCUUCGAUAUCAGCUUGCCCGAGAAGAUACAGUCUUAUGAAAGAAUGGAGUUUGCUGUGUACUACGAGUGCAAUGGACAGACGCACUGGGACAGCAACAGAGGCAAGAACUAUAGGAUCAUCCAGGCUGAGUUAAAAUCUACCCAGGGAACGGCCAAGCCCCGCAAUGGACCGGAUUUGGGAAUAUCCUUUGACCAGUUUGGAAGCCCUCGGUGUUCCUCUGGUCUGUUUCCAGAGUGGCCAAGUUACUUCGGAUACGAAAAGCGAGGGCCCUACUACUAGUGACUGCGGGUGACAGGGCGUGGCAGAGCUGCCGCAGACAAGCCUAGCUCUGCUCACUGUGCAGUGGAGAUGGAAGGCCAGGGAGGAGCAAAGUGGAACUUCCAUGAGGCCCAGUUUGGGAAACUAAAAGGAUCCUCUUCACUUCUUUCUUAAACCAGCAAAUCCAGCCAGGUUCAGAUUACACAAUUGGUGUCUCACUCAGAGAAGCGCUGGUGGCUGGCACGCUUUGGCACUGGGGCAGCCAUGAGAGUCUGCGCAGGUCUGUGUUGGAAAGGGUAUGGAUGGGAACCAAGCCUGUGCCAGUGCUGAUGAAGCUGUAGGAGCUGAUGAAGCUGCAGGAGCUGAUGAAGCUGGAAGGAUCUCUCCUCUGCUCUCCACUCAGAGGUGGGACAUCAGUCGCCAAAAGCCGCUCAGCCCCAGCCACCUCGCGUCGGACCCUCACUGUUCGUCGUGUUCAUCUUUGGGUGCUCUCUGCCAGCCAGGCCUUUCCUGCAAGCUGCUGCUUCCUCGUCCACGUGUAUCUCUGUGCUGUGACACACUGACCUGACGCACAUUUCCAAUGCAGCUGCAGAAGAGAAAUGGGAUUGGCUCUUGUUUUCUGAAAGUUCAUCUUUUGCAUUUUAUGUUUUUCCACAAUUGAUCUGACAUUCAGGAAAAGAUAUUAAGGGCAAAAUAGUUGGUGAUUGAGACAGGCAUUUUCCUUCCUGCUCUUCUUGACCCCACAGAUAUAUUCCAGCGGAGAGCAACACACCAGUCAUCGAAACCCACUGGCUCCUGUGUGGUGGCACAGAUUGCAGGGUUCUGACGAGGCAGGACAGUCAUGAGUGGGGACAUUUCCGUUUCUCCUCUUGCCUUCUAGGGGGAGCUUUCUAAGUCCCCACAUUUACCCUGAAUCACCGGAAAAAUCUGAUUUUUCCCUGGAAAGCUCAAUGACAAGAUUGGUUUUAACUUGCUUGGCUGGUUUCAUUCUUUAUGAAAGAAUUUUGGAUCUCCCUUCCUGAAGAGUCGUCUUUUCUGCUGUGUUUAGGACAUUUGAUUUGCAGAUCCAAUAUCUCCUCAAAACCUUCAGAAAAUGGUUUUAUCUUGACUGUGAUUUACAAUAUCUAGAACACUUUACCGGCACCCAGGGACAUGGAUUUGGGUGUUCUUAUUUAUGGUGUGUAUGGAAAGGGAUAGGGGAGAAAAACCUCACCAGAGUUCUUACAGGUUAUUUUACAUGUUUGCCAACUCUGAAAUUGCAGAGAUUCAUUGUUCUCAACCAUAUUGGACUAAAGUCUGUUGGUUAGGGCUGUUGUAAAAGAGACCUCCAGGGCCGAGUGUGGUAGCUCAUACCUGUAAUCUCCGCACUUUGGGAGGCCGCGGCGGGCAGAUCACCUGAGGUCAGGCAUUCAAGACCAGCCUGGCCAACAUGGUGCAACCCCAUCUGUACUAAAAAUACAAAAUUUAGCUGAGUGUGAUGGCAGGCGCCUGUCAUCCGGCUACUCGGGAGGCUGAGGCAGGAGAAUCACUUGAACCCGGGAGGUGGAGGUUGCAGUGAGCCAAGAUCAUCAUGUCACUGCAUUCCAGCCUAAGCAACAUAGUGAAACUGUGUCUCAAAAAAAAGAGAGACCUUUGGGACAAUCAUUAUCAGAUAGACCCCAAACCUGUGAUUUUUCUUGGAAUUUCUCACCUGAAUGUAGUCCUGGGAGAGUCCCGAUCACGUCUCUCCUGACAUGUUCACUGAAAUUGGAGACAAGAAGUUACGUGGAUAAUGGGAUCCUGCAGGGUCACACGAAGACAAUUUGGCAGCUUAUCUUAAUUUCCUGCAGUGAGACAACACAUCUGGAACUGGGAAGGACAGCUGUUGUUACGGGCAGUUUUUCCUGGUCAUGGCUGUAAAGCUCUGCAACCCACGUUGUAAAGCUGUGAAUGUUUUCAGUCUUGUUGACGAGUUUUUAGAGACUGCUGGACCUCUGAGGGCUUUGAGAGCACAGCUGUGAGGAUGUUUCACUUUUACUUCAAUGCAAAUGUAGAACCAAGGACUCAUCUUCAUUUUAUACCUAAAAGUGCCUUGUCAAGAAAUUUCUGCAUGUUUUAAAAGAUAAAUAUUUUUGUACACAAAGUUCAAGGGGAAAUGCACUUUAAAAAUCCCACGAAUGGAUGUUUUUUGUGUGGUAUGAGAGGUUUGUUUGUAUCUCAAGAGCAAAAAUGUAAUAAAGGAAGACAAAACAAAAC